AUGGGAAGUUAAGCUAAAGCAGUUAUAAUUCCAAAACUAUUUGUAAAUGGAACUGAGGCUGGAUUAGCAUUACUUUAAGAAUAAAAGAUAUAAGUAACAAGUAUAAAUGAUGCUGAUGUUCCAACAACAUUACCAUUUGAUAAUAUUAAAUUAGAAAAUGAUAAACCAUUUGAAGUUUAAUUUCCGAUUACAUCUAAAUUAAAAACAAUUGAAAUUAAAAUCAGUGGAAAGAUAACAAGAAUGCAUAAAUAAGAUAAUAAGAAGGAAGAAUAACUUGAAUAAUCCCAUAUUAUCAAUAUUAACAAUCUAGAGGGAAAUUCAGCAUUUUGUAAUUAGUUAUUGAAAUAUGAUUCAAUAAACGGAUAUUAAAUUUGCAUUGUUGGAAAAAAUUGGUGAACCAAAAAGAGGACUAUAAAUUAAUAUUAAAUUUGAAUUAUCAUCCUUUAAUUUAAGUGAUAAUAGAUAGUUCACUACUGAUGAUAAAGGUAGAGUUUAUUUGGGAAGUUUGAAAAAUGUAAGUUCUAUUGUUUCAGAUGUCAAAAGUGUUGGGGAUAUAGUUGUAUUGUAGAAAUAAUGAACAAUAAAUUAAAAAAGUUAAAUAUCUUAUCCAUCAAAAUUAACAGUAUUACCAGGAUAGGAAAUUAAUUUACCAUAUUAUUAUGAUGAGGAUAUAAAGAAUCCAUUAGUUCUUUAUCAAGUUUUUGGAACAACUAUCAUUAAAAGUUUAACUGAUUAAAUUAAAAUUUAAGACUAAUUUAUUUCAUUUAAAUUAGAAAAUAAAGGAAAUUAUGAAUUAUAAUUUGUAAAGGAUAGAAAUACAAUUCACAUUAAUGUUAUAGAUAGUGAAUAAUGGAAAGAAACUAAUAUUAUUUAAUAUUAGAAUCAAUUAGUAAUUGAAAAAGGUUUAGAUCAAUUAGUUGCUAUUUCACAAAUUAAUUAAAAAAAAGAAGAACAUGAAACAAAAAUCACCGGUAAUAUAAAGUCAAAAUAAAAAGUGUAAAUAUUUGCUUAUGCAACAUCCUUUUUAUAUGAACAAUUUGAUCAAUAAGUGAAUUAAAUCCAUAAAUUGAUAUAUAGAGAUAGAUCUGAAGAAUUCUCUAUAAAUUUGUAUAGUAAUGUAUUCUAAUCAAAUAAGGAAUUGUCAGAUGAACAAAAAUAUGUUAUAAAUCGAAAGACAUAAGAGAGAUAUAUUGGAAAUACACUUGAAAAACCUCAAUUUUUAUUGAAGAGAUAAUAAAUUAGAGAAACAAAAACUGAAGGUGAAUAAUUAAAACAAGAAGGCUCCUAUAAAGAAAAAUAUGAAUGA